AUGGAGAAGUAUGAGCUUGUCGAGGAUUUAGGAUCUGGCUUGUCCGGCGUCGCCAGGCUCAUGAGGAACAUAGAGACCAACGAACUCGUCGCCAUGAAAUACAUCGAACGCGGUUGCAAGAUUGAUGAGAACGUCGCCAGAGAGAUCAUCAACCACAGAACACUUCGGCAUCCAAACAUCAUCGGAUUCCGAGAGGUGUUCUUGACACCUACGCAUCUAGUUAUAGUCAUGGAGUACGCCGCGGGCGGAGAGCUAUUUCAUCGAGUUUGCAGUUUCGAAAGGUUCAGCGAAGACGAGGCCAGGUUUUUCUUCCAGCAACUUAUCUCAGGUGUUGGCUACUGUCAUUCUCUGCAAGUAUGCCAUAGAGAUUUGAAGCUCGAGAAUACCUUGCUGGAUGGGAGCCCGGUUCCACGCCUGAAAAUAUGUGAUUUCGGUUAUUCCAAGUCAUCUUUGCUGCAGUCAAGACCAAAGACAGCAGUGGGAACUCCAUCUUAUAUUGCACCUGAGGUGUUUUCUCGAAGAGAGUAUGACGGAAACGCAGCGGAUAUAUGGUCUUGCGGGGUGAUACUUUAUGUUAUGAUGGUGGGAGAAUUCCCAUUUCAAGACAAAGAAGAUCCAAAGAAUUACAGAGAAAUGGUUCGUCGAAUAAUGGCUGCACAGUACAGGAUCCCCGACAAUGUUCACAUGUCUAAAGAUUGCCGGAAUCUCUUGUCUCGCAUCUUUGUUACGAGUCCAGUAAGAAGGAUCACCAUGAAAGAGAUCAAGAAGCACCCAUGGUUCUUGAAGAACUUGCCGAGAGAAUUAACAGAGACAGCUCAAGACGUGUACUACAGAAAGGAAAACCCUAGCUUUUCCCACCAAAGUAUUGAAGACAUCUUGAAGAUUGUGGAGGAAGCGAAAAUUAAUUCUCCCCCAGAUUCCCAAUGGUGGUGCAAGGAUGAGGUACAAGAUUGGGGAGAGGAUGAAGAAUACGAGUAG